CGCGGGGGGCGGGCACCGGGGCCCGGUCGGACAUGGGCAAGAAGCACAAGAAGCACAAGUCGGACAAACACCUCUACGAGGAGUAUGUCGAGAAGCCCCUGAAGCUGGUCCUCAAGGUGGGGGGCAGCGAAGUCACCGAGCUCUCCACCGGCAGCUCGGGGCACGACUCCAGCCUCUUCGAAGACAAGAACGACCAUGACAAGCACAAGGACAGAAAGCGGAAAAAGAGGAAGAAGGGCGAGAAGCAGGUUCCAGGGGAAGAGAAGGGGCGAAAACGCAGACGCGUGAAGGAGGAUAGAAAGAAGCGAGAUCGGGACCGUGUGGAGAAUGAGGCAGAGAAAGACCUGCAGUGCCAGGCCCCUGCGAGAUUAGACUUGCCUCCCGACAAGCCUCUCUCGAGCUCUUUAGCCAAACAAGAAGAAGUAGAACAGACGCCUCUUCAAGAAGCUUUGAAUCAACUGAUGAGACAGUUGCAGAGAAAAGACCCAAGUGCUUUCUUUUCAUUUCCUGUGACUGAUUUUAUUGCUCCCGGCUACUCCAUGAUUAUUAAACAUCCAAUGGAUUUUAGUACCAUGAAAGAAAAGAUCAAGAACAAUGAUUACCAGUCCAUUGAGGAACUAAAGGAUAACUUCAAACUUAUGUGUACUAAUGCUAUGAUUUACAACAAACCAGAGACCAUUUAUUAUAAAGCUGCAAAGAAACUACUACACUCAGGAAUGAAAAUUCUUAGCCAGGAGAGAAUUCAGAGCCUGAAGCAGAGCAUAGACUUCAUGGCAGACUUGCAGAAGAGUCGAAAGCAGAAAGACAGAACAGACACCUCGCAGAGUGGGGAGGACAGCGGCUGCUGGCCCCCAGAAAGGGAGGACCUGGGCGAGAUGGAAGCACAGGCCUUCAGGAGUCCCAGCAAGGAAAGCAGGAGGAAAGACAAAGAUAUGCUUGACGAUAAAGUGAAGAGUCAUAACUUAGAACGAGAGCAGGAGCAGAUUGACCGCAUCGUGAAGGAGUCUGGAGGGAAGCUGACCCGGCGGCUGGCGAAUAGUCAGUGUGAAUUCGAAAGAAGAAAACCGGACGGGACGACAACACUGGGACUUCUGCACCCUGUGGACCCCGCUGUAGGAGAACCUGGCUACUGCCCCGUGCGGCUGGGCAUGACCACUGGGCGGCUCCAGUCUGGAGUGAACACUCUGCAGGGGUUCAAAGAAGAUAAAAGAAACAAAGUCACUCCGGUGUUGUACCUGAACUACGGGCCCUACAGUUCUUACGCACCGCACUACGACUCCACGUUUGCCAACAUCAGCAAGGAUGAUUCUGAUUUAAUCUAUUCGACCUACGGGGAGGAAGACUCGGACAUUCCCAGUGAUUUCAGCAUCCAUGAGUUUUUGGCCACGUGCCAAGAUUAUCCGUACGUCAUGGCAGAUAGUUUACUGGACAUUCUAACUAAAGGAGGGCAUUCUAGGACCCUGCAGGAGUUGGAGAUGUCGUCACCUGAAGAUGAAGGCCAGACGAAGACACUUGACACAGCAAAAGAAAUAGAGCAGGGUCCAGAAGGAGAGCUGGCAGGGCGGUUCGACUGUGGUCAGGACAGGCUCACUGUGCUGGAGGCGGUGGCCAGCUUGGGUGCUCCCGUCCAGGUGUUUGGCUCUGAAGAGGCCGAGGUGUUCCAGCGGAAGCUCGACGAGACCACCCGGCUGCUCAGGGAGCUCCAGGAAGCCCAGAACGAGCGCCUGAGCGCCAGGCCCCCUCCCAACACGAUCUGCCUCCUGGGGCCCUCGUACCGAGAGAUCCAUCUGGCUGAACAGGUGACCAAUAACCUUAAAGAGCUUACACAGCAAGUAACUCCAGGAGAUGUCGUCAGCACGUACGGAGUUCGGAAAGCCAUGGGCAUCUCCGUGCCCCGCCCGCGCAUGGGGAGCAGCCUGGUGGAUCUAACCGAAGAUCGUGAAGAAGCUACGAAGACCGAUGCUGAGUGUGGACCUGAGGGGACUUGAUUAUAUAUUAUGUGUAUAUUUUUUCAUUAACCUGGAAAUGCUUUUCAAAAUAUUUGUAAAUUGUGUUUUUAAU